AUGGCCCCUCUAGCCCCCAAUCCGUCCUUCUUUCGGCGUCGCACAAACACAGUGCUAGGAGGAAAGCUUGCUAGCAAAGGCUCUGCUGGUGCUACGUACGACGCGCGCCCACCUCCCGGAGAAGGAACUGUGAGGCUCGGGCAGCGGCGGGCACGCGUGGAGACCGUCGCAGAUAUGCAGUGCCGGACGGCAGCGGCUGCGUGCGCGCCGCUGCUGGUGUUUGCCGUCUGCCUAGCAUCGUUGGCCAGCGGCGAAGCGUUGAGCGGUCCUCUGCGCUGCUCUGUGCGCAACUUUCCACCUGCAACGCCGCGCUGGGGAGAUCCCUUCGCGCGUCCUUCUCUUCCCGCGUCCAGAGUCAACGGCUUGGACAACCCCUUCGACCGCCCCACCCCCAUCACCAAGGAAACUUGGAUCGAAUGUGACAGUCAGCACUUCCGCUGUGGAAAUGGACGUUGUAUACCGAUAUCCUGGAGGUGUGACGGGACAGGAGAUUGUUUCGAUAAUGCUGACGAACUUGGCUGCCCUCGCCAACCUUGCCAGACAGGCCAAUUCCAGUGUAAGAGUACUGGGGCAUGCAUCCCUCAAUACUGGGUGUGUGAUGAGGAUAUGGACUGUGAAGAUGGCUCAGAUGAACAUCAGUGCUCUGGGAGCACAUGCUCAAGCCAUCAGAUAACAUGCUCCGAUGGUCGGUGUAUCCCACGUGAAUACAGGUGCGACCAUGUCAGGGACUGCUCAGACGGAGCUGAUGAGAAAGACUGCCGUUACCCAAUUUGUGAGCAGUUAACUUGUGGCAAUGGAGCCUGCUAUAACACAAGUCAGAAGUGUGACGGGAAAGUUGACUGCAGGGACAACUCUGAUGAAACUAACUGCACUCACGUGUGUGACCACUCCGAAUUUCAGUGCAACAAUGGAGAGUGUGUUCCUCGUGCCUUUGUCUGCGACCACAACGAUGACUGUGGAGACAGCAGUGAUGAACAUUCUUGUACCUAUGAGGCCUGCAGAAGCCACCAGUUCACGUGUCCAAAUGGCAAAUGCAUCAGUCAAGAUUGGGUUUGUGAUGGAGAAGACGAUUGCAAAGAUAAUGGAGAUGAAGAUGGAUGUGAAAGCAGUGAUAACUAUCAACGUAAAUGCUACCCUAGAGAAUGGGCUUGUCCAGAGUCUGGUCUGUGUAUCCCAAUUGAAAAACUGUGUGAUGGAAUGCCAGAUUGCCCCGCAGGAGAAGAUGAAAGCAAUAUUACUGCAGGGAGAUCUUGUGAUGUGUCUUUGUGUCCUGUCUUGAGCUGUCAGUACCAGUGUCACAGCUCGCCAUCUGGAGGCGUGUGUUAUUGUCCUCAAGGCUAUAUCAUCAACAGCAAUGAUUCUCGUACCUGUGUUGAUUUCGACGAUUGUCAGAUAUGGGGGAUUUGUGCCCAGAUGUGUGAAGACCGCGUUGGCCAUCACCAGUGCUACUGUGCAGAAGGAUAUGUCUUGGAGCAUCAGCGGCACUGCAAAGCUAGUACUUCCUCUGGUGAGGUCUCGAUUAUCUUCUCUGAUGGUCAGGAUUUGCUGAUUGGUGAUAUUCAUGGGAGGAGCUUCCAGAUCCUGGUGAACUCUCAGCACCGUGGAGUGGCUGUGGGUGUGGAUUUUCACUAUGACCUGCACAAGGUCUUUUGGACAGACUACGUGGAAGAUAAGGUUUUAUCAAUUGACAUUAAUAGUCUAGCUAUCCAAGAAGUUCUCAAUGUUUCUGUUGAUGCUGCAGAGAAUUUGGCUGUGGACUGGAUCAAUAAUAAACUAUAUGUGGUGGAGACCAAGGUCAACCGCAUAGAUUUAGUAAAUUUAGAUGGAAGUGACCGGGUUACCCUUAUUACUGAAAACUUGGGGCAUCCAAGAGGAAUUGCUGUGGAUCCAACUAUUGGGUACUUAUUUUUCUCAGAUUGGGCAAGUCUUUCUGGGAACCCUACAGUGGAAAGAGCUUUCAUGGAUGGUACCGGCCGUAAAGAAUUGGUAAAAUCAAAGUUGGGAUGGCCUGCUGGGAUAACUCUGGAUCUGGUAUCAAAACGUGUAUACUGGGUCGACUGCCGGUUUGAUUACAUUGAGACUGUAACUUAUGAUGGACUUCAAAGGAGGACAGUAGUUCAUGGAGGCUCCCUUGUUCCACAUCCCUAUGGAAUAAGCCUGUUUGAAGAGCAGUUGUUCUUUACUGAUUGGACAAAGAUGGCUGUAAUGAAGGCAAAUAAGUUCAAAGAAACUAAUCCACAAGUAUACUACAAGUCCUCCCUGAGGCCUUAUGGAGUGACUGUUUACCAUUCCCUCAGACAGCCCAAAGCUGAAAAUCCUUGUGGAAAUAAUAAUGGAGGUUGUGAACAAGUCUGUGUCAUCAGUCACGUAUCAGAUAAUGAUGGUUUGGGUUACCGCUGCAAGUGCACCCUCGGCUUCGACCUGGCUGCAGACCACCGGCACUGUGUUGCUGUUACGAAGUUCCUGCUCUUUUCAUCCCAAGUGGCCAUUCGUGGGAUUCCGCCCAAUCUUACGUCCCAGCAAGAUGUCAUGAUUCCAGUGACAGCAAGUCAUUCCUCCUUUGUUGCUGUUGAUUUUUGGGCCCAGGAGAAAGCUAUCUUUUUUUCAGACACAGAACAAAAUACCAUUUGUAAACAAAAUCUUGAUGGCACUGGAAGAGAAAUUCUCACAGCUAACAGGGUGGAAAAUGUUGAAGGUUUGACUUUUGACUGGAUUUCCAAGAAUCUCUAUUGGACAGAAGCUUCCUACAGGUCUAUCAGUGUCCUAAGGUUAGCUGAUAAAUCAAGACGAGAAAUAGUCAAGAAUUUAAAUAACCCACGAGCAAUCGUUGUUCAUCCUAUCAUGGGAUAUAUAUUCUGGACUGAUUGGUUCCGCCCUGCUAAAAUUAUGAGAGCGUGGAGUGAUGGAUCUCAUGCCUCACCUAUAGUGAACACUACUCUUGGAUGGCCCAAUGGAUUGGCCAUAGAUUGGAGUGCUUUACGAUUGUACUGGGUAGAUGCCUUUUUUGAUAAAAUUGAGCACAGCAACUUUGAUGGUUUAGACAGAAGAUCUUUGGGCCACAUAGAGCAGAUGACUCAUCCAUUUGGACUUACUGUCUUUGGAGAACAUCUAUUCUUUACUGACUGGAGACUAGGUGCAAUUGUUCGAGUUAGGAAAACUGAUGGCGGAGCUCUGACCUUCAUCCGAAAGGGCAUCAGUAACAUAAUGCAUCUGAAGUCAUAUGAUGCUGACACACAAACUGAUAAUACCUGUGCGUCUUCAGCAUUCACUUGUGGCUCUGGGCAGUGCAUCCCUUUACUCUGGCGCUGUGACAAGCACAAUGACUGUGAGGAUGGCAGCGAUGAGCACAACUGUCCCUCCCAAAGACCUGUUUCCUGUCUGGAGAACCAGUUCACCUGUGAUAAUAACCGAUGUAUCUCGAGAAGCUGGGUUUGUGACACCGAUAAUGAUUGUGGGGAUGGAUCUGAUGAAAAGAACUGUGAAGCUAUAGAGACGUGUGACAUUAAUCAGUUUCGAUGUCCUGACCAUCGGUGUAUUGCCCUGCCUUAUGUCUGUGAUGGGGACAAAGACUGUGUAGAUGGAUCUGAUGAGGUGGAUUGUGUAUUCAACUGCACUGCUUCUCAGUUCAAAUGUGCCAGUGGUGAUCAGUGUAUUAGCAGUGUAAACCAUUGUGAUGGUGUUUUUGACUGUUAUGACCACACUGAUGAGAUGGACUGCCCAACCCGGCCUCCUGGUAUAUGCCACCUAAAUGAAUUUCAGUGCCAAGCAGAUGGUGCCUGCAUCCCAGACAGCUGGGAGUGUGAUGGGCAUCCAGACUGUAUCCAUGGAUCUGAUGAGCACCAGGGCUGCCUCCCCAAGACCUGCCCUUCAUCUCAUUUCCUCUGCGACAAUGGAAACUGUAUCUACAAAGUGUGGCUCUGCGAUGGGGACAAUGACUGCAGGGAUAUGAGUGAUGAGAAGGACUGCCCUACUCAGGCCUUCCAUUGUCCCAGUGGGCAAUGGCAGUGCCCUGGCCAUAGCAUCUGUGUGCAUCUGAGCGCAGUGUGUGAUUCUGUCCCUGACUGCCCCGGUGGGGCAGACGAGUCCCCAGUCUGCAACCAGGAGAGCUGCUCAGAGAACAAUGCUGGUUGUACUCAUGAAUGUAUUCAAGGGCCAUUUGGGGCUCAGUGCCUGUGUCCAUCAGGAUUCCUGCUGGCAAAUGAUUCUAAGACCUGUGAGGACGUCAAUGAAUGUGAUUUUCCAGGCUUUUGUAGCCAGCACUGUCACAAUAUGAGAGGUUCUUACCGGUGCUGGUGUGAUACAGGCUACAUGUUAGAAGGUGAUGGGAGGUCGUGCAGAGCUCAAGCACCUAACAGUCUACUGUUACUGGUGGCAAGUCAAAACCAAAUUGUUGCUGACAAUAUCACCACGCAGAUCCACAGUAUCUCUUCACUUGUCCGAAAUGGGUCUCACAUUGUGGCUAUUGAUUUUGAUUCAGUCAGUGGUCGUAUAUUUUGGUCUGAUGUCUCUCAGGACAAAAUCUGGAGUGCCUUUCAAAAUGGAACAGACAGAAGAGUAGUACUUGACAGUGGUAUCACCGUGACUGAAAGUAUUGCAGUAGACUGGGUGGGUCGCAAUUUAUACUGGACAGACUAUGCUCUGGAAACAAUCGAAGUUUCUAAAAUAGACGGGAGCCACAGGACUGUGCUCAUCAGUGAAAAUGUAACAAACCCAAGAGGACUAGCAUUAGAUCCCAGAAGGAAUGACCAUCUAUUGUUCUGGUCUGACUGGGGCCAUCACCCUCGUAUUGAGCGAGCCAGCAUGGAUGGCAGUAUGCGUACUAUCAUUGUCCAGGACAAGAUCUUCUGGCCCAAUGGCUUAACUAUCGACUAUCCCAACAGACUGAUCUAUUUCAUGGAUGCCUAUCUUGAUUACAUAGACUUUUGUGAUUACAAUGGGAAUCAUCGGAGUCAGGUGAUAGCCAGUGAUUUGAUUCUGCGGCAUCCCCAUGCCAUAACUCUUUUUGAAGAUUCUGUGUACUGGACUGACCGUUACUCUCAUCGAGUUAUACAAGCCAACAAGUGGAAUGGGAGGAACCAGUCAGUCAUAAUUUAUAACAUUCACCAGCCCCUUGGAAUUGCUGCAGUUCAUCCUGUAAAACAACCGCCUAGUGAAAACCCAUGUGCCUUUGCCCCUUGCAGCCAUCUAUGUCUGCUUUCCUCUCAGGGGCCAAAUUUUCACUCCUGUGCUUGUCCUUCACAAUGGGUUCUUUCUCAUGAUUCUGUGAAUUGCUUGAGAGAUGAGAAACCUUUCUUAAUAACUGUAAGGCAGCAUGUAAUUUUUGGGAUCUCCCUUAAUCCUGAGGAGAAGAGCAAUGAUGCUAUGGUUCCCAUAGCAGGGCUACAGAAUGGUUAUGAUGUUGACUUUGAUGACUCAGAGCAGUACGUCUAUUGGAUUGAGCAUCCAGGUGAAAUUCACAGAGUGAAGACAGAUGGAACUAAUAGGACAGUGUUUAUCCCUGCAUCUCUUGUGGGCUCUCCUACAAGUUUGGCCCUAGAUUGGAUAUCAAGAAACCUUUAUUAUACCAAUCCUGGAACACAGUCAAUUGUGGUUGUAACACUCCGGGGAGAUCACAGAUACAGAAAAACACUGAUCACCAAUGAUGGGACAGCUACUGGAGUUGGCCUUCCACUUGGCAUCGCUGUGGAUCCUGCUCAUGGGAAAUUGUACUGGUCCGACCAAGGAACGGACAGUGGCGUUCCUGCCAAAAUUGCAAGUGCUAACAUGGAUGGCACAUUUUCAAAAGUCCUUUUUACUGGAAACCUUGACCACCUGGAGUUCAUCACUCUGGACAUCAAAGAACAGAAGCUCUACUGGGCAGUCACCAGCACGGGAGUGAUUGAAAGAGGAAAUGUGGAUGGUACAAAUCGAAUGAUCCUGGUCUAUCACCUUUCCCAUCCUUGGGGAAUUGCUGUCUAUGAUUCCUUCCUUUAUUAUUCUGAUAAAGACUAUGAGGUCAUUGAACGAGUUGACAAAGCCACUGGAGCCAACAAAGUAGCCUUGAGAGACAAUGUUCCAAAUCUGAGAUGCCUUCGAAUUUAUCACAGACAUGAUUCUGCCUCAAAUGGCUGUAGCAACAACAUGAAUGUGUGUCAGCAGAUCUGCCUGCCUGUCCCAGGAGGCCUGUUCACCUGUGCCUGCGCCACUGGAUUUAAGCUAAACCCUGAUAAUCGGACCUGCUCCCAGUAUAGCUCUUUCAUUGUUGUUUCCAUGCUGUCUUCAGUUGAAGGGUUUAGCUUGGAAUUGUCUGAUCACUCACAGGCCAUGGUGCCAGUGGCAGGUCCAAGACGAAAUGCACUGCAUGUGGAUGUUGAUGUGUCUUCUGGCUUUAUUUAUUGGUGUGAUUUCAACAGUUCUGUGGCUUCUCAGAACGCAAUCCGUAGAGUCAAACCAGAUGGGUCUUACUUUACCAACAUUGUUACCAAUGGAAUAGGACAAAAUGGAGUGCGGGGUAUUGCAGUGGAUUGGGUAGCAGGGAAUCUUUAUUUUACCAAUGCUUUUGUGUCUGAGACACUGAUAGAAGUUCUUCGGAUCAAUACUACCUACCGUCGUAUUCUUCUUAAAACCACAGUGGAUAUGCCAAGGGAUAUUGUUGUAGACCCCAAGAACAGAUACCUCUUUUGGGCUGACUAUGGGCAGAAGCCAAAGAUUGAACGUGCUUUUCUUGAUUGUACCAACCGAACUGUGCUUGUAUCAGAGGGCAUUGUCACACCACGGGGCCUGGCAGUGGACCAUAACAAUGGCUACAUUUAUUGGGUUGACGAUUCUUUAGAUGUGAUCUCAAGGACCCAUAUUAUUAGUGGUGAAUCCGAAGUGAUCCGAGUUGGCAGUCGUUACCCAACUCCUUAUGGUAUCACUGUUUUUGGAAAUUCUAUUAUAUGGGUAGAUAGGAAUUUGAAGAAAAUUCUCCAGGCUAGCAAAGAGCCAGGGAACACAGAGCCACCAACAGUGAUAAGGGACAAUCUCAAUUGGCUAAGAGAUGUGACUGUGUUUGACCAGCAGGUCCAACCCCGAUCAUCAGCAGAGGUCAAUAACAACCCUUGCAUGGACAAUAAUGGUGGGUGCUCUCAUCUCUGCUUUGCUCUGCCCGGAUUGCAGGCCCCCAAAUGUGGCUGUGCCUUUGGGACCAUGGAAAGGGAUGGCAAGAGUUGUGCCCUUUCAACAGAAAAUUAUCUUAUCUUUGCCUUGGAAAAUUCAUUAAGAAGCUUACACUUGGACCCAGAAAACCAUAGCCCACCUUUCCGUACAAUAAAUGUGCAAAGAACUGCUGUAGCCUUGGACUAUGAUAGCACGAAUAAUAGAAUCUACUUUACACAAAAUUUGGAUUCUAGACGGGGCCAAAUUUCCUCUGUCAGCCUAUAUUCAACGGACAGUUCUUUAUCAGUCAUUGCUUCAGGUGUAGGUACUACUGAUGGCAUUGCCUUUGACUGGAUCAAUAACAGAAUUUAUUACAGUGACUAUGUCAACCAGACAAUUAACUCCAUGGCCGUUGAUGGGUCUAACCGCACUGUGAUAGCCCGUGUUUUAAGACCAAGAGCGAUUGUGUUAGAUCCUUGCAGAGGGUACAUGUACUGGACUGACUGGAGUAUGAACGCCAAAAUUGAGAGAGCCACAUUGGGAGGCAACUUCCGGGUACCCAUCGUGAACAGCAGCCUGGUCUGGCCCAAUGGGCUCACUCUGGACUAUGACGAGGAGCUUCUCUACUGGGCAGAUGCCAGUCUGCAGCGGAUCGAGCGUAGCUCUCUAACGGGCACGGAUCGCGAAGUCAUCGUCAGUACAACUUUACACCCUUUUGCCUUGACUCUCUAUGACCAGUAUAUUUACUGGACUGACUGGUACACAAAGUCAGUUUACCGAGCUAACAAGUACGACGGGUCUGGUCAGAUUGUAAUGACCACCAAUUUGCCCAGUCGGCCCAUGGGUAUUCGCAUUUCUGGAAAGAGCCAACAACAACAAUGUAGCAAUCCUUGUGGUCUAUUUAAUGGGGGCUGCAGCCACAUCUGUGCCCCAGGUCCAAAUGGAGCUGAGUGCCAGUGUCCAGCUGAAGGCCACUGGUAUCUGGCCAACAACAAUAAACACUGCAUUGUGGACAAUGGUACCCGCUGUGGUGUCUCUGAGUUCACCUGCCUCAAUGGGCACUGCAUCCCAGAGGACUGGAAAUGUGAUAAUGACCCUGAGUGUGGCGAUGGCAGUGAUGAACUGGAAAAUGUCUGUGCUUUUCACAUCUGCCCAUCGACCAGCUUCACCUGUGCCAACGGGCGGUGUGUCCAAUACCGUUUCCGCUGUGACCAUUUCAAUGACUGUGGUGACAACAGUGAUGAAGCAGGGUGCCUGUUUAGGCCCUGCAACACCAGCACAGAGUUUGCUUGCACUAAUGGAAGGUGCAUAUCUCUUGAGUAUGUCUGCAAUGGCAUAAACAACUGUCAUGAUAAUGGCACGUCAGAUGAGAGAAAUUGCCUCGCUAACACGUGCAGUGACAGCGAGUUCCUGUGUGCAUCUGGGCGAUGCAUCCCUUCUCGAUGGUAUUGUGAUCAAGACCAAGACUGUGGUGAUGGAUCUGAUGAACCUGCCUCUUGUGAGUUCCAUGAGCAGACGUGCCCCAGUUCACAGUUCAAGUGUGAUGAUGGAAGGUGCAUCUCAAGCAGCUGGAUCUGUGAUGGGGACAAUGACUGUGGAGACAUGAGUGACGAGGAUGAAAGGCAUAACUGUGCGAACCACACCUGCUCAAGUUUAGAGUUUUUCUGUGUGAACAGUGCUCCUCCCUUCCGGCGGUGCAUUCCACGAAGUUGGGUCUGUGAUGGUGAGGCAGACUGCAAUGAUGCCUAUGAUGAACAUCAGAACUGCACCAGAAGAUCUUGCUCGGGAAAUGAAUUUAUCUGCAACAACGGACUCUGCAUCCUGAGCUCCUACAGGUGUGAUCGGCGCAAUGACUGUGGGGACUACAGUGAUGAGAGGAACUGCUCGUACCCGACUUGCCCUGAUUAUCAGUUUACUUGUCAAAAUGGGCGUUGCAUUCAUAAGCCCUAUGUCUGUGAUGGGGACAAUGACUGUGGUGAUGACUCUGAUGAGCUAGAGCAUUUGUGCAGGACCCCAGAAGCCACAUGCCCCCCUCAUGAGUUCAAGUGUGACAAUGGGAACUGCAUUGAGAUGGCAAAAGUCUGCAACCACCUGGAUGAUUGCACUGACAACAGUGAUGAGAGAGGAUGUGGCAUUAACGAGUGCAAUGACCCUUCAAUCAGUGGCUGUGAUCAGAACUGCACUGAUACCCAGACCAGUUUCUAUUGUUCUUGUCGGCCUGGUUACAAGCUUAUGUCUGACCACCGAACUUGCGAUGAUAUUGAUGAAUGCAAGGAGACACCCUCUGUCUGUAGUCAGAAGUGUGAGAACACUCUGGGUUCCUACAUCUGUAAAUGUGCGCCAGGCUACAUUCGUGAGGCAGAUGGAAAGAGCUGCCGGCAGAACAGUAACAUCACACCCUAUCUCAUUUUUAGCAACCGGUACUAUGUGAGAAAGCUAGCCUUAGAUGGCGAAUAUUACUCUCUCCUCUUGCAAGGACUAGGAAAUGUUGUGGCUCUGGAUUUUGACCGAGUAGAAAACAGAUUGUACUGGGCUGAUAUAUCAAGGAAAGUCAUUGAGAGAGUUUUUCUGAAUACAACAGACCGAGAGAUAGUCAUAAACCAUGAUCUACCAGCUGUAGAAGGCCUGGCCGUAGACUGGGUUACCAGAAAGCUUUAUUGGUUGGAUGCUGCACUGGAUGGCCUCUUUGUCUCUGAUCUCCAUGGCCGAUUCCGCCGCAAGUUGGCUGAGCACUGCGUGGAUGCCAACAACACCUUCUGCUUUGAAUAUCCUAGGGGAAUUGUUCUUCAUCCAAGAUAUGGGUAUGUCUACUGGACCGACUGGGGUCACCGUGCGUACAUUGGGAGAAUAGGCAUGGAUGGAACAAAUAAGUCUGUGAUUAUUUCUACCAAGAUAGAGUGGCCCAAUGGCAUCACCAUUGACUACACCAAUGAUAGACUCUACUGGGCAGAUGCUCAUUUGGGUUAUAUCGAGUACUCUGAUUUGGACGGCCACUAUCGGCAUACAGUGUAUGAUGGGACACUGUCACACCCCUUUGCUAUUACCAUUUUUGAAGACACUAUUUAUUGGACAGAUUGGAAUACAAGGUCCAUUGAAAAGGGCAAUAAAUAUGAUGGAUCAGCUAGGAUGGUGCUCAUGAACAUAACACAUAGACCCUUUGACAUCCAUGUGUAUCAUCCUUACAAGCAGCCAAUUGUGAACAAUCCCUGUGGCAUCAACAAUGGUGGCUGUUCUCAUCUUUGCCUCAUCAAAGCUGGAGGCCAAGGAUUCACCUGUGAAUGUCCAGACCACUUCCAGACUCUCCGCCUUGGUGGAAGCACCCGCUGUUUACCCAGGUGUUCCAGCACCCAGUUCUUAUGUGCAGAUAGUGAAAAGUGCAUUCCUAUCUGGUGGAAGUGUGAUGGGCAGAGAGACUGCGCAGAUGGCUCUGAUGAACCGCCCCUUUGUCCACAGCGUUACUGUCGACUGGGACAGUUCCAGUGCAGUGAUGGCAAUUGCACGAGCUCACGCUUUUUAUGCAAUGCUCACCAAGACUGCCCUGAUGGGUCUGAUGAAGACCAUGUCCUUUGUGAGAAUCACCAGUGUGCGUCCUAUGAAUGGCAGUGUGCCAACAAACGUUGCAUCCCCGAAUCCUGGCAAUGCGACUCUCAGGAUGACUGUUUGGAUAAUUCUGAUGAAGCCAGUUCCCACUGUACCACCAGGACCUGCCUACCUGGUCAGUUUCGGUGUGAUAAUGGCCGCUGCAUCCCUCAAUCUUGGAAGUGUGAUCAUGACAACGACUGUGGAGACCACUCAGAUGAGCCCAUCAGCGAAUGCAUGGGACCUGCGUAUCGUUGUGAUAACUAUACGGAGUUCAGUUGUAAAACCAACUAUCGCUGUAUCCCCAAGUGGGCUGUGUGCAAUGGUUUUGACGACUGCAGGGACAACAGUGAUGAGGAAGGCUGUGAGGAAAUAACAUGCAAUCCUUUGGGAUAUUUCCGCUGCAAUAAUCACAUCUGCAUUCCUCUUCGCUGGAGAUGUGACGGGGAAAACGACUGUGGAGAUCACUCAGAUGAAGACAGCUGUGUCCCCCGGGAGUGCACAGAGAGUGAGUUCAGGUGUGACAACCAGCACUGCAUUCCCUCUCGAUGGAUCUGUGACCAUGACAAUGAUUGUGGGGACAACUCAGAUGAGCGGGACUGCGAGUUGAAGACCUGCCAUCCUGGAUAUUUUCAGUGUGGGAGUGGACAUUGUGUGCCUGAACAUUUGCAAUGUGAUGGAAUAGCUGACUGUCUCGAUGUCUCUGAUGAAAACUCUUGUCCCACCCGUUAUCCCAAUGGGGCGUAUUGUCCAACCACAAUGUUCGAGUGUAAAAACCAUGUUUGUAUCCAGUCAUUUUGGCAAUGUGAUGGAGAUGAUGACUGUGGCGAUGGCUCCGAUGAGGAACUUCAUCUUUGUAUGAGUGUCUCCUGUGAUUCACCCUCCCGUUUCCGAUGUGACAACAAUCGAUGCAUUUACAGGCACGAGUUAUGCAAUCAUGUGGACGACUGUGGAGAUGGGAGUGAUGAGAGAGAGGAACACUGUAGACCUCCGACCCCUAGACCUUGUACAGAAGAUGAGUUUAAGUGUGGCAGUGGACAUUGCAUUCCUCAUUCCUUCGUGUGUGAUGAUGUUGAUGACUGUGGUGAUCAUUUUGAUGAAACAGGUUGCUAUGUAGGAGAACAAAGAUCAUGUGCUGAAAAUCUCUGUCAACAUAAUUGUACCCAAUUAAGUGAAGGAGGAUUUAUCUGCACUUGUAGACCUGGGUACACAGCGGGCACUUUGAACAGAAACUUAUGUCAAGACAUCAACGAAUGUGAGCAAUUUGGCACUUGUCCCCAGGAAUGUCAUAACACAAAAGGAAGUUAUGAAUGUGCAUGUGCGGAGGGAUACAAGUCUAUGGGUGAACACUUUGGAAAACGAUGUGCAGCUGAAGGAAAUCCUCCUAUGUUAUUACUGCCUGACAACAUUAGAAUUAGAAAAUACAAUCUCUCAUCUGAGAAGUUCUCUGAUUACCUUGAAGACGAGCAUAUUCAAGCCAUUGAUUACGAUUGGGAUCAUGAGGGUACAGGCCUUAGCGUUGUAUAUUACUCCGUGCUAGGAGAGAACUCUGAUUUUGGUUCUAUCAAACGUGCCUUUAUCCUCAACUUUGAAACUGGUGGUAAUAAUCUUGUGAAGGAUGUUAACCUGAACCUGAAAUACAUAGUACAGCCAGAUGGAUUAGCAGUGGACUGGGUUGGAAGGCAUAUUUACUGGUCAGAUGCGAGGACACAACGGAUUGAGGUGGCUAAGCUGGAUGGAAGGUACAGAAAGUGGCUGGUUUUCACUCAGCUACAUCAACCAGCUGCCAUAGUUCUGAAUCCCAAACUAGGGCUUAUGUACUGGACUGACUGGGGAAAAGAGCCUAAAAUUGAGUGUUCCUGGAUGGAUGGGCAACAUCGACAAACCCUGAUUUCUGAGGACCUUGGUUGGCCAACUGGCCUUUCCAUUGAUUAUUUGAACAAUGACCGGAUCUACUGGAGUGAUUUAAAGGAGAACGUUAUUGAAUCCAUAAAACACGAUGGAACUGAUAGGAGGCUCAUUUCAAAUGAAGUAAGGAACCCUUACAGCCUGGAUGUCUUUGAAGGCCAGAUAUACUGGACAUCUAAGGAAAGGGGAGAAGUAUGGAGGGAAGAUAAAUUUGGGAAUGGAGAUAGAAUGAAACUGCUGACAGUGAACCCUUGGCUCACUCAAGUUCGAGUCUUUCAUCAGUACAGAUACAACCAGUCAGUGCCCAAUCCCUGUAAAGAUGUCUGCAGUCACCUCUGCCUACUGAGACCCGGAGGCUACAGCUGUGCAUGUCCUGAAGGCUCCAGCUUUAUGCAAGGGAGUGUCAUUCAGUGUGAUGCAGCUGUCGAAUCUCCUAUCUCCAUGCCCCCCGCAUGCAGGUGUAUGUACGGAGGAACUUGCUAUUUUGAUGAGAGUAACCUCCCCAAAUGCAAGUGUCCUAGUGGCUACACUGGAAGCUACUGUGAAAUAGGAUUCUCAAAAGGCAUUCCUCCAGGAACAACAGCAGUGGCGGCGCUGUUGACAGUCAUCUUUGUCAUCAUAAUUGGAGCGUUGGCAGUUGGCGGAUUUUUCCACUAUAGAAAAACCGGCUCCCUCUUACCUUCUCUGCCCAAGUUACCCAGCUUAAGUAGUCUUGUCAAGUCCUCCGAACAUGAAAAUGGGGUUACCUUCAGAUCAGGGAUGGAUGUCACCAUGGAUAUUGGAGUCUCUGGUUUUGGGCUCGACCCUACUACUGACAGAUCAAUGGCAAUGAGUGAACACUUUGCCAUGGAGACAGGGAAGCAGCCCAUAAUAUUUGAGAACCCAAUGUAUGCAGCCAGAGAUAGUGCUAUUAAAGUGGUUCUCCCCACCCAGGUGACUGAAUCUGGAAAUGUGGUUAACAAGAAUUAUGAAGGCUCCAUUAGCCCGUCAGAGGUGGAGAUAGCUCCAGAGACCAAGGAGACUUCACCAAGUGCUGAUGGGAGUCAGGCUACAAAAUGGAAUUUCUUCAAAAGAAAACCGAAACAAACCACUAACUUUGAAAAUCCAAUCUAUGCAGAGAUGGGGACAGAACAGAAGGACGACGUUACAGAAGCCCCAGCCCCAUCAUCUGCUGGCCCAGCUGACAUCUCUCCAAGAAGAGACCCAACUCCAGCCUACACUGCAACUGAGGACACUUCUAAAGACACUGUCAACCUUGUUAGAGAGGACUCUGAGGUAUAG